AUGGCGGCGGCGGGAGCGGAGGAGCGGUGGGGCGCGGCGGGUCCCGAGCGUGGCCCCGGCCCGCUGGGCUCGCUGCUGAGCCGGCUGCCGCUGGCCCCGGCCCCGCGGCGACGGACCGCCAGCCAGUGCAAACCGGAGCCGCCGCUGCUGCGGACCAGCAAACGGACCAUCUACACGGCCGGGCGGCCGCCCUGGUACAGCGAGACCGGAGCGCCUGUGGACGAGGCCUUCGUCAUCGGCCUGUGUGGUGGCAGCGCCUCGGGCAAGACGACAGUGGCAACACGGAUCAUUGAGGCGCUGGAUGUGCCCUGGGUGGUGCUGCUCUCCAUGGACUCCUUCUACAAGGUGCUGGACGAGGGGCAGCAGGCGCUGGCAGCCCGCAGUGACUACAACUUUGACCACCCUGAUGCCUUCGACUUCGAGCUGCUCGUCAGCGUCCUCCGCAAGCUGAAGAAGGGCAAGAGCGUGAAGGUGCCGGUGUACGACUUCACCACGCACAGCCGCCGCCGCGAGUGGAAAACAGUGUAUGGGGCCAACGUCAUUGUCUUUGAAGGGAUCCUGGCCUUUGCCAACAAGGAGCUGCUGAAGCUCCUGGACAUGAAAGUGUUUGUGGACACGGACUCUGACAUCAGGCUGGUGCGGCGGCUGCAACGUGACAUCAUGGAGCGCGGCCGUGACAUCGUGGGCGUCAUCAAGCAGUACAACAAGUUUGUGAAGCCGGCCUUCGAGCAGUACAUCGAGCCCACCGUGCAGGUGGCUGACAUCGUGGUGCCCAGGGGUGGGGAAAACUUUGUGGCCCUGGACCUCAUUGUGCAGCACGUGCACAGCCAGCUGGAGAAGCGCGAGAUCACUGUCAGGGCAGCCCUGGCCUCUGCCCACCAAGGGCAGCCACUGCCGAAGACGCUGAGCGUCCUGGAGAACACGCCGCAGGUGCGGGGCAUGCACACCAUCAUCAGGAACAAGGACACGACCAGGGACGAGUUUAUCUUCUACUCCAAGCGCCUGAUGAGGCUGUUGAUUGAACAUGCCCUUUCCUUCCUGCCACUGAAGUCUGUCACUGUGGAGACGCCCCAGGGGACCAUAUAUGAAGGGAAGCGGUUCCACAGGCAGAGGAUCACUGGCGUGUCCAUCCUGCGUGCAGGGGAGACAAUGGAGCAGGCCCUGACUGCGGUCUGCAAGGACAUCCGCCUGGGCAAGAUCCUGAUCCAGACCAACCACGACACAGGGGAGCCUGAGCUCCACUACCUGCGCCUGCCCAAGGAGAUCAGCGAGGACUAUGUCAUCCUGAUGGACAGCACUGUGUCCACUGGUGCUGCUGCCAUGAUGGCCGUGCGCGUCCUGCUGGACCACGAUGUCCAGGAGGACAGGAUCUUCCUGCUGUCACUGCUGAUGGCGGAGAUGGGGGUGCACUCGGUGGCCUAUGCCUUUCCCCGCGUCCGCAUCAUCACCACCGCUGUGGACAAGCGGAUCAACGAGGAGUUCCACAUCAUCCCAGGCAUCGGGAACUUUGGGGACAGAUACUUUGGCACUGAUGGCCCCUCUGCCUGGUGUGAGAGCGACGGCAUGGACUACUGAGCUGGCUGGCCACGGGACCACCAGCCAGGCUGGCUACAGGGCCAGGCCCCCUGCCUCUGCCCCCCGGAGGGGCUCCAAGCUGCCAGCCUGUGCCCACCCCUCCGCAGCACGGCUCCCUAGGAUGAGCUCCUGUCUGCCAGCCCCGCCCCCUCCAGCCCUGCGGGGCUGAUCCACUCCAAGAAGGAUGAGGGAGGGAUGGCAUCUCCUGCAGUCUGGGGGCAGAUGGUGUCCUCCUCCCCACCCUAGACCUGUCUCUGCACCUCCAGCACCUGGCCGUGCCUGCAGGGGGGAGUGGUGGUUCCCCUGCAGCACAUGUCCUGAGGGGCUGGUUGCCCUCUCCUCCGGGGUGGGGAUGGGGACAGGAUCCAGUCCCUUGGAGGCUCCCCCCGAGCCACAUCGGGGGGCAGGGCAGCUUUCCUUGCUGGAAUCUCUAUUUAUUGUAUUUAUUUUGAGCAGCGGCCCCCUCCCUGGGCUCUCCCGCAGGCCUGGGUGGCUACUGAAAACCAUCAGGGAUUGGGGCUCUGCUCAAGGAGCCACUGUGUCCCCACCAAUCCCACACUCCAUCCCCUCCCUGCGCGGGGGGCAGGGCUGCCAUCGUCCCUGAGUUUGAUAUUCAAACGCUCUUCGGGGGCUGCCACCGGGGACCCCACCCCCCCCGUCCUCCUUGGGGACCCCCCCUGUCCUCCCAGGGGACCCAACCCCCCGGCCCUACUGCUGCCCCCCUUGUUGCUCAGGUUCUUCUUUGAAGGGCAGCAGCGGCCGCGUCCCCUCAGAGGGCUCCAGAGAGGGGCCCGGGGGUCCCCCCUGCUGGCUCCCCGCUGCCCCGCCUGCCUUCGUUUUGUACCCCAAUAAAG